UAUUGGCAUACCGAGUACCUAGUCAUAACAAAUAAACCUUUCAGAAACCUCCAUCACCACUCAGUCUCACCCACAACGCGUUUUCUAUAUCCAUCCCUCUCAUAUGCUUUACUAUUUUUUUAAAACCACAGCCUUUUCAUUCUUUUCAUUGUCUUUGUUUUGCAAACCUCCCUGGUGAGAAAGCUAGGAAAGUUUUUGUUAGAGAAGCUUCAACCCCUUCAUUCAUCUCUCUCUUCUUCCUCUCUGUGAUUCCCCAAAAACCAACCUAAGAAAAUGUGUCCUAUGAGGUUCAUCUUGGUGUUUUUCUCUGCAAUACUAGCAGGAUAUUUUGCAUGGCGGACGGUUCGUUCUUCGCCAGAGACAGAAAACAUUUUUGAGGACUCUACGGUUGAAAAUAUAUCAAUGAAAGAUAAACAAGAAUUCAAUCUGAGAAAGACAAUUCAUAAUGGGUUCUGGGUAUUCGUUGACAUGGCCAGCGGGAAGUACUUAUGGAGGAAUCUGAGGGACAUGAGAAACAAUGAGAAAGUCAAGAGCUGCUAAUAUUUGAUCAUGGAAGUAAUUACAAGUUCUGUAAUCAAUCUCUUUUUCUUUUCUUUUUUUAUUCUUUUUGAAGGGAUCUGGAUCUAGGUUGGGUUAGAGUGGAUAUAAAAGUGUAGACUUCAUACAAUUCUGCAAAUAGUAAAGUGUCAAAUUUUAUUUUCAAAUGCACAUCUCUUUAGCUUUCGAAGAAAAAGGAUAAAGAGCGAACAAAUUGGUGAAGACAGACUAAAUUUCAACAACAAAAAAGCCAGUAAUACAAUCAAAACAGGUAUAUUUUGCUCCAAAAUUAAAAGAUCUGACGAAUCCAAAUUCUUGGUCCAACAAGAAUUUCAAUGUCUGAUCUGCAAAUUUUACAAUUCUAUUCAUCAAACCUGUAGACAUAGAGUUUUAUAUCCAACAGGUAAGUCUAUGUAGUAUGUACAACAAGAAGAACAUCAUAUGUCAGCAUAUGCACAACUUCAUUCUAAAGAACAAAGACCUGUAAUUUAUUACAGAAGAUAAGAUAGGAGUGGCAAGAAUUACUUUAAAUCGA